AUGCUUCAACUCGCUGAGGCGGUUACCACACGCUGCCGCAAAGCACGCUGCACCUCACAUGCUGUCGCAAACACACCCGCUCGCGGGGAAAACGGUGGCCGCGUGGAUCCUUUUGAAGACCUUUGCCGUAAAGCCCUGACGAGGGCUUCCAAGAUGGCGGCACUCUGGGCGGCAGCCCAAGCGUGGAGCAGCAGCGGGUGGAUCCGGGCAAGCAGGGUAUUAACAUCUUUUGGCACUCCUCUUUUCUGUAAUAUUCAUACAAGUGCAUCUCUUGGGAAUUUGGGAAGAUGGGAAAAAAAGAAUAGAGUUGUUUAUCCCCCACAGCAGCCAGGAGAACCUCGAAGACCUGCAGAAAUAUAUCACUGUCGAAGAGAUAUUAAAUACAGCAAGGACAAGAUGUGGUACCUGGCAAAAUUGAUACGUGGAAUGACCAUUGAUGAGGCACUAGCUCAGUUGGAAUUCAAUGAUAAAAAAGGAGCAAAGGUAAUCAAAGAGGUCCUUCUGGAAGCACAAGAAAUGGCAGUGAGAAAAUGUAAUGUAGAGUUCAAAUCCAACUUACACAUUGCUGAAUCUUUCUCUGGAAAAGGCCACUACCUGAAAAGGAUCCGCUAUCAUGGAAAAGGUUUUUUUGGCAUUAUGGACAAAGUCAAGUGUCAUUACUUUGUGAAAUUAGUAGAAGGUCCACCUCCGCCUCCAGAACCACCAAAGACUGGCUUUGAUCAAGCUAAGGAGUAUGUCCAGCAGCUUCGUAGCCGAACCAUUAUUAACACACUGUAGCAUUCCCCGAUGUGUACAUUUUUUCUUUUUGAUAAAUAUGUAAAUAAAGUGCAUUACAAGAAUUGUUUUUAAUUAUACUCAGAUUACUGAUUAGAAACAUAGAGUGUAUGGUGAUUAAGGUGGAAUGGAAGCCAGUGGGCCAGCACAGUGUAUCCCAAGCAGAUGAUACAUGAAAAGGCAAUUGGAACUGGUCUUACUGAAGAAAUUGCACAUUAAUUUAUUGACAUACUUUCCAGCUUUUACUUUCACUGAGAGAAUUACCCAUCCUAGUCUUGGAACUGCCUGUGUAGUUUAAGCAUAUACUGUGGAUGCAGAACAAAUAAUGGGAUGCCUAGCCUAAAUGGCACUUGCAUUUGCACUGGCAUGACCGCAUGAAUUGGACUGCUAUUUCCCAGAUUCUGGUAUUUUGAAUGCAUAGUGAUUUUGAUUACUGGCUUGUAACUAUAGUUGCUACCCUAUAACAGCAUUGCUAGUCUGCAUCAUCGAAAAGUUCCCAGUGUGAGGAAAGAGCAUAUUAGCUAAUGUUCGUGGUGGAGGAUGCAACAUGCUGGUUGGUUAGUGAUUUGAUAGCAAGCCCAGUAAGACUUUUAUUUGUGCUCAUGGAAGAAAGGCAGAGUAAAAACAGAAAAAUCCAACAAGCAAACUCACUUUUUGCCAUUUUAUAUAAGAGAUGCCAUUUCACUACGCCGUUGCAUAUGAUGGGACUUGAGCAUCCAUAUUUUAGUAUCCACGGAGGGACCCUGGAACCAAAUCGUGACAGAUACUGGUGACCCGUUGUAAACUACUGUUUAUCUAACAAGCAAAAUUAUCUCUGAAAAUAGAUAUGCGUGCUAUCAAGCCUACUUUUGCAUCACUGUUUUUCUCUUGUUUGACAUAAUAAAUCACUGUAGGAGAUGGAACAGUC